GAAUGGUGAGGAUUCCUGUGUGGCCAAAUUCAAUCUUGUGUUGUUAGUACGUUCGUGUCUUUAUAAUCCAUCUUCCAGGGUGUUCUGAGGAACCAGGAACAGCCCUUUUCAAGUGAAGGAGAAUUUAAGACUCUUGCGCGUUGCCAUCUGCUUGUUUAGAACCCGUUUCGCGUCUCCAACUUGUGGAUUAUGACCCUGGACACUGAUUUAAUGGAUGACCUCGUUGUCGACGUGGUUGGAGAAGGUGGCAAGGAGUCUGGAGACGAACAUCUUUCGACCUCGGCUCUUUCUGCAUCCGACCGGGUACAUAACAGGGGGGAUAAGGACCGCGUCCCAUCUUCCAUGUGUCCCUCAAGUUCGAGCAAAAGCACUUCGGUGAAACCGCCCUAUUCCUACAUCGCUUUGAUCACCAUGGCCAUCCUCCAGAGCCCAAAGAAGCGUCUCACCCUCAGCGAGAUAUGCGACUUCAUCAGCCACCGGUUCGUGUACUAUCGAGAAAAGUUCCCAGCCUGGCAGAACUCCAUCCGACACAACCUCUCCCUAAACGACUGUCAUAUGCUGUGUGUACUGUGA